CAGAGGCGGUGUUUAUUCCACAUCGUAGCUCGUUACUAUCAAAUUAUCUGCACCGCUCUCCUGGUAUGGCAGGGUGAUGAAACCAAUGCGACAAACUAAAGUUAAAAUCAGUGAUUGUCAGUCGACUGAUCGUGUUGUUACAGUAAGCUGUGGAGUAAGCCGGGGUUUAUGAUCGAUCAUCAAAAGUUGUCCUUUAAUUUAACGGCCGGAAACCCUGGAAAAAACACAGAGAUCAUUAGAGGAUGUCCAGAACCGAGGACCGGACUUACAGUUUGUCCCCGCAACAUUUGAGACGGAGACGGAAAGACUAGCUUCCGAGACCGGCGACAUGAUGGUCCGCGGCUCGUGCCGUGCGCAAGUGACCCACGCCGUGGUCGUCAUCUUCCUGGAGUUCUUCGCCUGGGGACUUCUGACCACGCCCAUGCUGACUGUCCUCCGUGAGACGUUUCCUCAGCACACCUUCCUGAUGAACGGUCUGGUGCAGGGGGUCAAGGGUUUUCUGUCGUUUCUGUCGGCUCCUCUGAUUGGUGCUCUGUCAGACAUCUGGGGAAGGAAGUCCUUCCUCCUCAUGACUGUCUUCUUCACCUGCGCCCCCAUCCCCUUCAUGAGGCUCAGCCCCUGGUUGUACUUUGCUCUGAUCUCAGUCUCCGGCGUUUUCUCCGUGACCUUUUCUGUGAUCUUCGCCUACGUCGCUGACAUCACAGAGGAAGACGAGAGAAGCACCGCCUACGGCCUGGUGUCGGCCACCUUCGCAGCCAGCCUGGUGACCAGCCCGGCCAUCGGGACCUUCCUGUCGGCCAAGUACGGGGACAGUCUGGUGGUCCUUGUUGCCACAGUGAUUGCCGUUGUGGACAUUGCUUUUGUGUUCUUCAUCGUCCCGGAGUCGCUCCCAAACAAGAGCCGGCUGUCGUCGUGGGGGCUCCCCAUCUCCUGGAAGCAGGCCGACCCCUUCGCAUCCCUGCGGCGAGUUGGAAAAGACACAACCGUCCUGCUGAUCUGCGUCACCGUCUUCCUGUCCUACCUACCUGAAGCUGGACAGUACUCCAGCUUCUUCCUCUACCUGAAACAGGUGAUCGAGUUUUCUCUUGAGGCUAUAGCCGCCUUCAUCGCCAUGGUGGGAAUCCUCUCCAUCAUUGCACAGACCCUACUCCUCGGCGUUUUGAUGAGGACCAUCGGGAACAAAAACACGGUUCUGUUGGGUCUGGGCUUUCAGCUCCUCCAGCUGGCCUGGUACGGGUUUGGAUCGGAGCCGUGGAUGAUGUGGGCUGCAGGAACGGUGGCAGCCAUGUCCUCCAUCACCUUCCCAGCAGUCUCUGCUCUGGUGUCGCACAGCGCGUCACCUGACCAACAAGGCGUCGCUCAGGGAAUGAUCACGGGUAUCAGAGGUCUCUGUAACGGUUUGGGUCCGGCUCUCUACGGAUUCAUCUUCUUCCUCUUCAACGUGGAGCUCAGCGAGUUGCCGCCGGCUGAAGGACGACCCUCGACCAUGGAGCAGUCGGUCAUCCCCGGACCGCCCUUCCUCUUCGGAGCGUGUGCCGUCCUGUUCGCCCUGCUUGUCGCCGUCUUCAUCCCUACACAGCGACAUCUGGAGGACGGUGGGGAAACACCGAAGUCCACCGGCACCUCCCCCCCACACGCUCAGAACGGCAUCUUCCUGACCACACCCACCAGUGACACGGAGGACAUCGAGCCUCUCCUGCAGGACAGCAUCAUGUGACCACCCCCUGCUAUGACUCCAUGCCCUUCUGGGUCAGACCAGAAACCCGCAAGUCCAGACACGGUCGACAAGUCCAGUAUCCACCCGGACCCCAGAAGAGCCUCCUGCUGCUCAGGAGGACAUCGUUACGACUCUUUCUCAGUGUGCAGCCACGCUUCAGUGCUAUGAAGAAAACAUUUGCAGUGUGAAUCUGCACGUUCAGCAUUUCAUGGACCAAAUUUGUUUUACUUUGGUUCAUGGGUUUUAAGGUGUCUCCACCCGGCAGGAGUGCAGAGAUCAGUGGAUCAAACUGCCUUCCAUACGGUGAAACAGGACUGGCAGAGCUGCUCUUACCAUGGCAACAGCACUUAGGUCCCUGGAUUAGUUUUUCCUACUGCUCUGUCAUCUUUAUCUGUCUGCUUUGUGUCUGCUUUGUGUCUGCUUCAGGUCUGCUUCAUGUCUGCUUCAUGUCUGCUUCGUGUCUGCUUCGUGUCUGCUUCAUAUCUGCUUCAUGUCUGCCUCAUGUCUGCUUCAUAUCUGCUUCGUGUCUGCUUCGUGUCUGCUUUGUGUCUGCUUCAGGUCUGCUUCAUGUCUGCUUCAUGUCUGCUUCGUGUCUGCUUCGUGUCUGCUUCAUAUCUGCUUCAUGUCUGCCUCAUGUCUGCUUCAUAUCUGCUUCGUGUCUGCUUCGUGUCUGCUUCAUGUCUGCUUCAUGUCUGCUUCAUGUCUGCUUCAUGUCUGCUUCAUGUCUGCUUCAUGUCUGCUUCAUGUCUGCUUCGUGUCUGCUUCGUGUCUGCUUCAUAUCUGCUUCAUGUCUGCCUCAUGUCUGCUUCAUAUCUGCUUCGUGUCUGCUUCGUGUCUGCUUCGUGUCUGCUUCAUGUCUGCUUCAUGUCUGCUUCAUGUCUGCUUCGUGUCUGCUUCGUGUCUGCUUCAUGUCUGCCUCAUGUCUGCUUCAUAUCUGCUUCGUGUCUGCUUCGUGUCUGCUUCAUGUCUGCGUCAUAUCUGCUUCGUGUCUGCUUCAUGUCUGCUUCAUGUCUGCCUCAUGUCUGCUUCAUAUCUGCUUCGUGUCUGCUUCGUGUCUGCUUCGUGUCUGCUUCAUGUCUGCGUCAUAUCUGCUUCGUGUCUGCUUCGUGUCUGCUUCGUGUCUGCUUCAUGUCUGCUUCGUGUCUGCUUCAUGUCUGCUUCAUAUUUGCUUCGUAUCUGCUUCGUGUCUGCUUCGUGUCUGCUUCGUGUCUGCUUCGUGUCUGCCUCAUGUCUGCUUCAUGUCUGCCUCAUGUCUGCUUCAUAUCUGCUUCAUGCCUGCUUCAUAUCUGCUUCGUGUCUGCUUCGUGUCUGCUUCGUGUCUGCUUCGUGUCUGCUUCGUGUCGGCUUCAUAUCUGCUUCGUGUCUGCUUCGUGUCGGCUUCAUAUCUGCUUCGUGUCUGCUUCGUGUCUGCUUCAUGUCUGCUUCGUGUCUGCUUCAUGUCUGCUUCAUGUCUGCUUCGUGUCUGCUUCGUGUCUGCUUCGUGUCGGCUUCAUAUCUGCUCUGUGUCUGCUUCGUGUCUGCUUCAUGUCUGCUUCGUGUCUGCUUCAUGUCUGCUUCAUGUCUGCUUCGUGUCUGCUUUGUGUCUGCUUCAUAUCUGCUUCAUGUCUGCUUCGUGUCUGCUUCGUGUCUGCUUCAUAUCUGCUUCGUGUCUGCUUCGUGUCUGCUUCGUGUCUGCUUCGUGUCUGCUUCGUGUCUGCUUCGUGUCUGCUUCAUGUCUGCUUCGUGUCUGCUUUGUCUGCUUCAUGUCUGCUUCGUGUCUGCUUCGUGUCUGCUUCAUAUCUGCUUCAUAUCUGCUUCGUGUUUGCUUUGUGUCUGCUUCGUGUCUGCUUCGUGUCUGCUUCGUGUCUGCUUCAUAUCUGCUUCGUGUCUGCUUCAUGUCUGCUUCGUGUCUGCUUCGUGUUUGCUUCGUGUCUGCUUCGUGUUUGCUUCGUAUCUGCUUCGUGUCUGCUUCGUGUCUGCUUCGUGUCUGCUUCAUAUCUGCUUCGUGUCUGCUUCGUGUCUGCUUCGUGUCUGCUUCAUAUCUGCUUCAUGUCUGCUUCAUGCCUGCUUCGUGUCUGCUUCAUGUCUGCUUCAUGUCUGCUUCAUGUCUGCUUUUUUUUUUACUAACGUGCCGCCACCCACGUCCAGAGGAGCCGCCAUUGUUUCUGAGAAGGUCAAUCUUUUUUUACGUGACCCUUCUCAAAGGUCAGAGGUCACCUCUAAAUAAUAUGUUGUAACCAUAUGAUGACUGUACUGGUGUAGUUGCCUGGCAACAGGAUGUGUUUGGGUGCAGUCAUGGAAAUUAUUUAUACCCUUAGAUUAGAGUUGAUUUUGGUUAAAGUAUUUGUGAGUAUUUGGAGUUUUGGUGAUGGAAAAAGUCUGAAUGACUUCAUUUUAAAAACGCAUCAUCGUCUGCAAACAUUGACCUGUCGAGAAGCUCUUCAAUGACCGUCAGGAAACCUGGCCUUCUGGUGCGUGGGUGGGGCGUUAGCAGAUUCUGAACUGAAGCACCACCAUCUUUAGGUGCUGCUGUGCCCGUGUGGGUUUAAGGACCGUUCUGGUCUUUUGGUUUACCGGCUGGUUUUUAAGCUUUAAACUGAUUAUGUUUGACAAACAAUUUAAAGCUGCUUUACAAGCAAGAAUCUAUUUUUCUGCAAAGACGUUUUUUACAAAAAUAUUUGACAAACUUUCAUUUGAGUGAAGCUUCUGAAGCUGAGAUUCACAGGAAGUCCCCUCCUCCUGCUCCUCCUCCAUGCAGAACAGUUGCAGCACUUUAAUUUGUGUUUCUGGUGCCUCUGAAUCCUCUUCAUGUUCAUCUGUUUUUGACACAUGGAGGAUUUCAACAUUAAGAUGUAUUUUUAAUAACCUGAGUUUAAUGAUCAAUAAUAAAGAUUUAAACGUU